GAAGGCUCGGAUGUUAAAAAGAUCAUCCAUCUCAAAUCUUUCUUCUCCCAACACUUUAUAGCCUAGUAGUAUACCAUACCAUAUGAAGAGCUGAGAAAUUAAGAAAGAAACCUUCAACAAGUUUCAUCCAUCAAUGGCGAACCAAUCUUCUUUUUCUUCUUCAUCAGCUUCAGUAGUAGCAGUUGUAGUCCCCUUCUCAGCUCAGAGCCAUCUAAACCAGCUCUUGCAACUCUCUCACAUCAUUUCCUCACACAAAAUCCCAGUUCACUACGUUGGCUCUACACUACACAUUUCCCAGGUCAAAUCUCGAGCAAAUCAAGCACUAAACGACACCAAGACAUUAAUCCAAUUCCAUGACUUCCCAAUUCCCCAUUUCCCAUCUCCUCUCCCAUACGACACCAAAUUUGUUUCCCAUCUCAUGCCUUCCUUUGAAGCCUCUGUCAAGUACCUCCGCGAACCUUUCGCUAAUCUUCUCACUUUGCUCUCCAAAACGGCAACGAGAGUUGUCAUAAUCCAUGACCCUAUGAUGACCUCUGUUGUUCAGGAUUCUUCUACUUUGCCCAAUACCGAGUCUUACCAUUUCCAUUGCGUCUCUUCUUUUUACCAUUUCGCUAAACUACGCGAUACCUUGGGAAUACAAAUCCGCCAUGAUGGUGAUAAUGACCCUAAAAAUAUUCCAUCUUGUGAAAAGUCUUUAACUCCUGAGUUUGAAGCUUUUAUAGGUUACCAAGUUCAGUUUAUGAAGAAGAUGAAGACGUCUGGACAUCUCUAUAACGCUUGCAGGCUGAUCGAAAGCGAUUUUCUUGACUUCAUUUUGGAGAAGGCGAGAGAGAGUGAUGAGGAUGUGAAGAUGUGGGCAAUUGGGCCAUUGGAAACUGUGACGAGCUUCAAGAACAGAUCGGGAAACAGAGUGGAUAGUCAAGGCCAACACAAGUGUUUGGAGUGGCUUGACAAGCAAGAGAGAAACUCUGUGUUGUACAUCUCUUUUGGAACAACAACUUUCAUAAAAGAUGAGCAGAUUAGAGAAUUGGCAAUUGGGUUGGAGAAAAGUGGGGUGAAGUUUCUGUGGGUCUUGAGAGAUGCAGACAAAGGAAAUGUUUUUGAUGAAGGUGAAGUUAGGAGGCCUCAACUUCCACAAGGGUUUGAGGAGAGAGUGAAAGAGAAGGGAAUUGUGGUGAGAGACUGGGCGCCCCAAUUGGAGAUUUUAGGGCACUCCUCAACUGGAGGGUUCAUGAGUCAUUGCGGGUGGAAUUCGUGCGUGGAAAGUAUAAGUCUUGGAGUGCCCAUAGCAGCAUGGCCAAUGCAUUCUGAUCAACCCAUGAAUGCUGUGUUUAUCACAAAUGUACUCAAAGUUGGUGUUCUUGUGAGGGAAUGGGCAAAAAAAGAUGAGUUGGUGAGUUCAUCGGUGAUUGAGAAAGUCGUGAAGAGAUUGAUGAAAUCGGAAGAAGGAGAUGAGAUGAGGAAAAUGGCUGAGGAAUUGGGUAAUGAAUUGAGAAAGGCUACUGAUGAAGGUGGAGUUUCUCGCAUGGAGUUGGAUUCCUUCAUUGCUCAUGUCACUAGAUCAUGAUUCGGCUUUAUAAAUGAUGCAGUGUAGAAGGAUCUAGACAAUCAACCAAAGUCAAAUAAGGCAUUUUUCAUGUCACUAGAUAGUAAAGUCUGGAAAAUCAGAGCUCAUGAUCAUAAGGUUUGAUAAGGUAUUUGGGCAUGCGAAUAAAAGAUUUUCAACGUUUUUUAUGGUUGUUUUUGUCAUUGCUGUAGCUGU